AGUCUAAUGAUUUCCUCCAGUCUAAUGAUUUCCUCCAGUCUAAUGAUUUCCUCCAGUCUAAUGAUUUCCUCCAGUCUAAUGAUUUCCUCCAGUCUAAUGAUUUCCUCCAGUCUAAUGAUUUCCUCCGGUCUAAUGAUUUCCUCCAGUCUAAUGAUUUCCACCAGUCUAAUGAUUUCCACCGGUCUAAUGUCCAUUGCUCGUGUUUCUUGGCCCAAGCAAGUCUCUUCUUCUUAUUGGUAUCCUUUAAUAGUGGUUUCUUUGCAGCAAUUCGACCAUGAAGGCCUGAUUCACACAGUCUCCUCUGAACAGUUGAUGUUAUGUGUCUGUUACUUGAACUCUGUGAAGCAUUUAUUUGGGCUGCAAUCUGAGGUGCAGUUAACUGUAAUGAACUUAUCCUCUGCAGCAGAGGUAACUCUGGGUCUUUGUUUCCUGUGGCGGUCCUCAUGAGAGACAGUUAACUGUAAUGAACUUAUCCUCUGCAGCAGAGGUAACUCUGGGUCUUUGUUUCCUGUGGCGGUCCUCAUGAGAGGCAGUUUCAUCAUAGCUCUUGAUGGUUUUUGCCUCACUCGUUCAUGUGACAGGCCAUAGCAUCAUGCUGCGUUGUUGACAAUAUGACUAAGCGCCACAAAUUGCUGUUCAAUGUCAGCACUCACCUGCUUCCCUCACCUGGUUCACUUGGUCACGUGACGGGACAUAGCUCGAUGCAACCAAGGCCAGAAUAAUCAAAUCCCCUCAUUGGCAUGACCCUUCACAACAAGGUAUUCAGCUGAAACCUCCGUGUUAGUGCUGGGAUGGAACAAGAGCCUGCAAACCAUGUGGAUGGGCUGUCCAGAACAAGAGCCUGCAAACCAUGUGGAUGGGCUGUCCAGAACAAGAGCCUGCAAACCAUGUGGAUGGGCUGUCCAGAACAAGAGCCUGCAAACCAUGUGGAUGGGCUGUCCAGAACAAGAGCCUGCAAACCAUGUGGAUGGGCUGUCCAGAACAAGAGCCUGCAAACCAUGUGGAUGGGCUGUCCAGAACAAGAGCCUGCAAACCAUGUGGAUGGGCUGUCCAGGACAAGAGCCUGCAAACCAUGUGGAUGGGCUGUCCAGAACAAGAGCCUGCAAACCAUGUGGAUGGGCUGUCCAGAACAAGAGCCUGCAAACCAUGUGGAUGGGCUGUCCAGAACAAGAGCCUGCAAACCAUGUGGAUGGGCUGUCCAGAACAAGAGCCUGCAAACCAUGUGGAUGGGCUGUCCAGGACAAGAGCCUGCAAACCAUGUGGAUGGGCUGUCCAGGACAAGAGCCUGUAAACCAUGUGGAUGGGCUGUCCAGAACAAGAGCCUGCAAACCAUGUGGAUGGGCUGUCCAGAACAAGAGCCUGCAAACCAUGUGGAUGGGCUGUCCAGAACAAGAGCCUGUAAACCAUGUGGAUGGGCUGUCCAGAACAAGAGCCUGCAAACCAUGUGGAUGGGCUGUCCAGAACAAGAGCCUGCAAACCAUGUGGAUGGGCUGUCCAGAACAAGAGCCUGUAAACCAUGUGGAUGGGCUGUCCAGAACAAGAGCCUGUAAACCAUGUGGAUGGGCUGUCCAGGACAAGAGCCUGCAAACCAUGUGGAUGGGCUGUCCAGAACAAGAGCCUGCAAACCAUGUGGAUGGGCUGUCCAGAACAAGAGCCUGCAAACCAUGUGGAUGGGCUGUCCAGAACAAGAGCCUGCAAACCAUGUGGAUGGGCUGUCCAGAACAAGAGCCUGCAAACCAUGUGGAUGGGCUGUCCAGAACAAGAGCCUGCAAACCAUGUGGAUGGGCUGUCCAGAACAAGAGCCUGCAAACCAUGUGGAUGGGCUGUCCAGAACAAGAGCCUGCAAACCAUGUGGAUGGGCUGUCCAGAACAAGAGCCUGCAAACCAUGUGGAUGGGCUGUCCAGAACAAGAGCCUGCAAACCAUGUGGAUGGGCUGUCCAGAACAAGAGCCUGCAAACCAUGUGGAUGGGCUGUCCAGAACAAGAGCCUGCAAACCAUGUGGAUGGGCUGUCCAGAACAAGAGCCUGCAAACCAUGUGGAUGGGCUGUCCAGAACAAGAGCCUGCAAACCAUGUGGAUGGGCUGUCCAGAACAAGAGCCUGCAAACCAUGUGGAUGGGCUGUCCAGAACAGGAGUCGCAUGCCCCCUUAUUAGCUUUGAGAUGUCAUUAAGCAGUUGAGUAAACUGUCAUUAUAAAACUGUUAUUGUACAUAUUUGAAGUAUUUUAGCAGGGCCUUGCAGGGUUCAGAUAGUAACUCCUGACCCAAUACAUGUUAAGGGUGCUUUAAAUGACUGUCUGUGCUCGCAAAAUAGUUGUAUCUUCACAGACAGGAGUUUGGCUGAGACACCCCACAGCCAGUUCAAAUCUAAAUCUGGGAGUGAAAUGUCACAAGUUGUGGCAUGGAUCCACAAAACAACCAAUCUUGGCUCGGUCAAUUCAGAUCUUAUUUCCCAGAUCACAUGUCUCACUGUAAAUGUAUUAUGGUGUCAGCAAUGUGAGGACCUCAUGGUCAACUAAUAAGGUCAACAUAAUGUGCUGGCCUGUAUCGGGGGUGGCAGGUAGCCUAGUGGUUAGAGUGUAUGGGUGGCAGGUAGCCUAGUGGUUAGAGUGUAGGGGCGGCAGGUAGCCUAGUGGUUAGAGUGUAGGGGCGGCAGGUAGCCUAGUGGUUAGAGUGUAGGGGUGGCAGGUAGCCUAGUGGUUAGAGUGUAGGGGUGGCAGGUAGCCUAGUGGUUAGAGUGUAGGGGUGGCAGGUAGCCUAGUGGUUAGAGUGUAGGGGUGGCAGGUAGCCUAGUGGUUAGAGUGUAGGGGUGGCAGGUAGCCUAGUGGUUAGAGUGUAGGGGUGGCAGGUAGCCUAGUGGUUAGAGUGUAGGGGUGGCAGGUGGCCUAGUGGUUAGAGUGUAGGGGUGGCAGGUGGCCUAGUGGUUAGAGUGUAGGGGUGGCAGGUAGCCUAGUGGUUAGAGUGUAGGGGCGGCAGGUAGCCUAGUGAUUAGAGCGUUGGGACAGUAACUGACUCGUCCGAGCCAAGCCUUUUGGAAGAGUCAGGACAAGUGACAGCCCAAUCCACUAGAUGACCCCACCAAGGAUCAACGUUUAGAAGUUAAACCCUUCACAUCCAGUCACACAAUUGGAAGACUGAUUUAAAUCAUGGGGGAAAUGGGAAGUGUUCCUGUCUGCCGGUGAAGGAGUUGAAUAGAAGGAGUUGAAUAGAAGGAGUUGAAUAGAAGGAGUUGAAUAGAAGGAGUUGAAUAGAAGGAGUUGAAUAGAAGGAGUUGAAUAGAAGGAGUUGAAUAGAAGGAGUUGAAUAGAAGGAGUUGAAUAGAAGGAGUUGAAUAGAAGGUGUUGAAUAGAAGGAGUUGAAUAGAAGGAGUUGAAUAGAAGGUUGUCCAGUUUAACUGCAGCUUUGGUAAUAGUCUUGACCUCCAGGGUUGUGUUCAUUAGGCACAGUGUAGCAAAACAUUAAGAAGCUGGUGGUGGCCACCGGGCUUCCUGAGUUGGUAUCGAUAAAUGUUAAAUUAAUUAACCGUCACAACUAAUCCAAUGUGACAACAAUUAGGAUCAACUUGAAUUUGCAAAUCAAUCUGAAUGAAGGUCAACACACUCCGUGCCUCUUGUCACGUUACAGAGAACCUCCUAACAGGGCCGUUGCAGAGAACCUCAUAACAGGGCCGUUACAGAGAACCUCAUAACAGGGCCGUUACAGAGAACCUCCUAACAGGGCCGUUGCAGAGAACCUCAUAACAGGGCCGUUACAGAGAACCUCAUAACAGGGCCGUUACAGAGAACCUCAUAAC